AUUGCACCGGAAGAUCAGAGGGGGCGCUAUUAAGCGCGGAUGGAAGUUCUCCUCUCCCUCUUCUACCAGUGUUACUUGUUGAUGGAAGCAUUCUCUCAGACACACGACAAAGAAGGUGGACCAUGGCAACCUCGGCAGUUCUCAGAGUCAUCCUGGGGGAGAACAGCAGCCAGAGAGUGGUCCUUCCCUUGGGCCUGCCAGAUACCGUGACUGAACUGGAGAAUGAGAUAAGGAGGCAGUGUCAACUUCAGGACCUGUUUCGACUGCAGUUCAUGGAUGAACUUUUUGGAAACAUCUUCCAGGACUUGACUUCCAUGGAAGAAAUACAAGACAGAGCUACAGUCAAAGUGCUGUCCCUCAGACCUGUUGUUGCUGUGAGCUGUGACAAUGGCCCAUUAACUCCGACACACGUUCCUAAUCACGCUGGUGAACCCUCAUCCGUUUCACCUGCUGACACUACUGUGAUGCUCUCAUCUCAAGAGUCCGUUUCCCCUAGGUCUUCUUGGCCAGAGGUAUUCCACAUUCCCCGUUUUACUUAUGAUGCAGAGCUGAAGCUUGAGCAGGCCAACCAAGUCUACAGAGAAGAAGGGACGCGGCUGAUCCCUGAUCCAAAGCUGAGGUCUGACAUACUUCAGGGUUUGAACUAGGAGAUAGUCCAAUACAAAGUCUAUUUCGCAGACAUGGAUGCUGAGAAAAUCGCACAGGCGCUCAUCCAGAAACAUCCUUGCUUAACAGAGGUAGCCUCUGAGACUGGAUAUUCUGGAUGGGUAAGGAGUAUUAAAAAUAAGCUGUCCAAUUAUCGCACAAUUCUCCGGAAGAUGGGAUGUCGGGAAGUGACUGUAAAUGCCUUGAAGCACAAACCAGAUGGCAGACGCAGUCCUGCCUUUGCUGUUAAGAAGCCAAAGAGAGGUGAAGUGGCUUGCUGCCCCUCCUUUCUGAGUGGAGAAGAUGACGAUUCACUGGAAAACAUCAGAGUUGAACUUCUGUCUGAUAUCAAGAAGCGUAACAACAGAGAGACUGUUAAGAUGAAAAUGCAGAGAACAUUCGCUUUAAGAAGACACGAAGCCAUUGGUUGUGAUCCCAUGAUCAGCGACUUCACAAUGAGAUGGCCAGCUCUCUUUGAUGUGACUGAGAUUAAUGCUGAGUUCAAACGGAUCACCACAAUUCCUCUGCAGUCUAAGUUCCUAUCACAGCUGGACCUGUACUCUGCAAACCUGCUGAAGAUGUUUGAAAGCACAACUGGGCAGAAAGGGAAAAAACUGAAAGCGUUGACUAACAACAUGGACACAGAUGACAUUGAUGCGGGAAGGGACCUCCUAAUUAAAGGACUCUGCCUCUACCUCAACGAGGAUCCUGGAGACCUUGUGCAGGAGUUCAUAGAUGUGGAUGAGACGAUCGUUGAAGGUGCGAUUGAGAAGACCACCAUGGGGAUCUUCACCCUAAAAAACACCGCCAGUGAGGACGAUGUCAGAAUUGUCCUGGAGGGGGUCACAGUCAUACAAGAUCUGGAGACUGUGGCUUUUGCAUCCGCCAUGUUGUUGGGACUGAUUUACUCUCUGAACCUGAGUUACCCAAAAAAGCUCAGCUGCACAUUUGAGGUACUGCAGAAGAUCAUAAUGGAGUUGGAUGGUGGGGUCCUCUCCUACAAAGCACAAAGCUUGAAGACCAAGCUACACCAGUGUGAGUAA